UCAACGCGUUGCACAUACUUUCAGGAGCAAGCGAGUCUACAUUCGGGAUGCUAGGAAGCAGUUUGUGAUGCAGCAUACUAGUGUGCUGGAGCCAAAAGGUCGGAAAGUUGUUGGAAUUUCUUUUUCAUUAGUGCUAUAUCUUGUGGGUUCCCAUGUGUGACCAUUAUUGGGUCGAAAUGAGUGUUUGUCGGGUGCCCUGAUGACCAUUAUUGCGAAAGGCAGCUACUUUUCCGGUCAUUUUGCGAUAGUCGUGUCGUUUUAUACAGCUUCGUCGCUUUUGUCGGAGUAGGCUGAGAAGGAUGCACUGAACCGUUACUAUGAGGAUUAAGUUUCCCCCCAGAGUGCUAUGAUUGACUGAGGCUCAACGACAAGUAUUGUACACCGUGUGUUUCUGGACAACGAUUAUGAUGAUCUCAUUUGGAUGCAGAUAGUCUAACCUGUGGCCUGUAUAGAACGUGUCUGCCGGAACAGAAAGUGGCUACGGGUUUGAGUUUUGAUUGGCUUCCUCUUGUUUGGCCGUCGGUCCAAGAGUAAUGAUGACGGAUUGCAAGUGCCACAUGGCAAGGAAUGGUAGUUAAUCAUUCCGAAUCCAGAUUCCGUCCAUGGAAGUGAUACUCAAAGACAACGACGGAAUUGGCAUAGAGCAUUUUUUUUAAGUGAUAUUGACAAACGUUUUAAACUAUUGCGGAUUUCGUGCAGAUGUUCGACGGUGGAAUGUGGUAUGUUUGAAAAUUGAGAUUUACGUGUGGAGAGCCCCCGCAUCGAAAUAAUACUAAUUGAGUGAUUGUGGCAAGCGAAUAAUUGGAUUUUAAGUUAUUGCCUUUUUGUGGAGCUUUUGAAGUGGCACUCAGGAAUAAAAAACCGUUCAAUAGGACUCAAAGGAUUAAUAAACAAAUCGGGAAUGAGGACCAGAAUUUCUUCGCUUCAUUGAACGACGACUAAAGCUGAAAAAGAAAAGUUUCCAUCCCAUUAGUUUAAAUUCCCAAAUGAAGUUGACCCUCAUCAUCGGGUAAUGCGAAGAUAAGGAAGCUUUCGGGUCCGGUGCCGGUUGUGGGUGGAAAAGCAGGAAAAUGGGUUGCAAAUAGUUUGCCCCAUUCUAAUUAAGUUGUCCACAACUAGAGAUAGGAGUGUGCGUCUUCAUUAUCGGAAAGUUAGCGAGUGUAGUAAAUUAGCAAUGAUUCACCACCAGCCAGCGAAAUACCACACGAAUCCUUUGACACAUUUUCUCAACUUACACAAUUCGCAUGCCACGGCGGCAGCAGCGGCGGCCGCUGCAGCUGCUGCAGCCGCCGCCUUGGACCAACACCACCAGCAGCAGAUGACCCAUAACCUCCAUCAUCACCAACACCAUCAUCAAAAGCAUAGCGCAGCAGGCGAUGAUUUGAAUCUACUCAAUAAUAACAUCCUAGCAGGCGACGACGAAUGCAAUAAGAAUCCACCCAAUCUAGUUGGCGGGAGUGGGAAUAGUCUGGAUAUCGAGAAUACCGAUACCAACCAAAGCAGUGAUGCAGAAAAUCACAACAUCGACAUCCUAGACGAUGAUGACGACGACGGAGAAGAAGAAGACGCCGACAUGGACGACGGAUGCGACGGAGAGCAUCUCGACACCACCAGAAGCGACAAUCACACUCCGAGCAGCACCACGCCGCUCGAUGCCGACGGGAUUGGAAAAUCUUUUACGAUAGCGGCCAUUCUCGGCCUAAAGAAGAAACAGGAAGCCGACGGAAGUCAUGGCGCCUUCAGCGACGUCAUGAACCUCUCCCUGAACAAUCACAGUGAUACGGCGUCGGCAUUCCAGCUUCGUAUUGGCAAAGAUUCCGAUGCCCUAGCGGAUGCUGCUUCCGGUCUGGACGGCAGCCAAUCCCAUCUCACCAAUCACCACAUAUCGCAAUCCUCGCCUACCCUAACUGCCCUGCAAACACUGCACCAUCUUCAUGGAAGUGCUGCCGGUGGUUUUACCCCGCAUCAAUUUCACCAUCAAGGAGGUGGCGUUGCCCACCAACAGCAACAUUCCACCCCACAAGGACUGACUCCAGGACACCAUCUGACGCCAUCGCAGUCAGCAUCACAGGCGCAUCAUUUGGCCAAUCACCACCAUCAUCACCACCCACAGCACCAUCACCAACACCAUCAUCAUCAUCAGCAGCAGCAACAUCCGCACCACCCACAUCAUCAUUUGUCGAUGGCGGCAGCGGCGGCCGCACACCAUCACCACGCGCAGAAUCAUAAUCGGGACAAGUUUAAAGACUUGGCCAAGAAAUCCUCCCUCUCGGCAUCGGCAGCCCUCAAAAGCAAACGUGUUCGCACUAUUUUUACUCCUGAGCAGCUGGAACGUUUGGAAGCCGAAUUCGAACGGCAACAGUACAUGGUAGGCCCGGAACGCCUUUACCUGGCCCAUACCCUCCAACUAACGGAAGCCCAGGUCAAGGUAUGGUUCCAAAACCGUCGGAUCAAGUGGCGCAAACACCAUCUGGAAAUUACCCAGCAACGACUGGCUCUGAUACGACAACGACAGAUUGCCAGCGGAGUCGUUCCACCUCAACUGGGGCCAUCGGUUACGGGAGAUUCUGGAACUUCGCCACCGUCUCCAUCGGCUGCCAAUCAUCAUCAUCAACACCACCAGCAGCACCUCCCGGGAACGCACCCAGUGGCCAUGAGUGGCGGACGCAUGGUUCACGGUUCGGCCGCGGGCAACGGAGGCGGUGCUGAAUCGCCGGAACUUACCAUCUGUACAGAUUCGCUGGACGCCAGGAGCGUUAGCGAAAGCGAUGAGUAGGAAGCGGUAGAUCAUGCCAACAUAUUGUAAUUUGAUACAGGGACUCUCGAGAUUUGUUAGAUUGCAUAGGAUUGAAUCGUUUUUUUUUUUUCGGUUUACGUUUACGGCGAGGUUUGCGGUAGACAUCUAAGGAUAACGUGUCCAAACACGUUGAGCUGAUUCUUUACGUAAGAAUGUAUUUAAUUUUAAAUCAUAAACGUAGGAACCGAAGAUUUGGUAGAAUCAAAAGAUAAUCACCUAUAUGUAUGAUGUAGCGAA